GUCUUUUUUCCCCCUUGUGGAGUUCAUUCGCUGUCGUCCCGUUUUUUUUUUUUUUUUUUUGGAUGAACAUUUUCAGAGAUCACAUCAGUGCAAGCAAGUCUUCCGAGAACCACCAGCAAGCGCCUUGAUCAUGUCGGGUCGGCCCAGGACCACAUCCUUCGCGGAGAGCUGCAAGCCGGUACCGCAGCCGUCCGCCUUCGGCAGUAUGAAAGUCAGCAGGGAUAAAGAUGGCAGCAAGGUAACAACAGUGAUGGCUACCCCAGGGCAAGGCCCCGACCGGCCGCAGGAGGUUAGCUACACAGACACUAAGGUCAUCGGCAACGGUUCGUUCGGGGUCGUCUACCAGGCCAAGCUGUGUGACUCCGGAGAAUUGGUGGCCAUCAAGAAGGUGCUGCAGGACAGGAGGUUCAAGAACCGUGAGCUGCAGAUUAUGAGGAAAUUGGACCACUGCAACAUUGUCCGGCUGCGCUACUUCUUCUAUUCCAGUGGAGACAAGAAAGAUGAAGUGUACCUGAAUUUGGUUCUGGAUUACGUUCCUGAGACGGUUUACAGAGUGGCCAGACAUUACAGCCGAGCCAAGCAGACUCUGCCCAUGGUUUAUGUCAAGCUGUACAUGUACCAGCUCUUCAGAAGUCUGGCAUACAUCCAUUCGUUCGGGAUCUGCCAUCGGGACAUCAAGCCUCAGAACUUGCUCCUGGAUCCCGAGACGGCUGUGCUGAAACUCUGCGACUUUGGCAGUGCCAAGCAGCUUGUUCGUGGCGAGCCCAACGUGUCCUACAUCUGCUCUCGUUACUAUCGAGCUCCCGAGCUCAUCUUUGGGGCCACCGACUACACCUCCAGCAUAGAUGUGUGGUCAGCAGGCUGUGUGCUUGCAGAGCUGUUGCUCGGACAACCAAUCUUCCCCGGUGACAGCGGAGUCGAUCAGUUGGUUGAAAUUAUCAAGGUUCUCGGCACCCCAACCCGGGAGCAGAUCCGCGAGAUGAACCCCAAUUACACAGAGUUCAAAUUCCCCCAGAUCAAGGCCCAUCCUUGGACUAAGGUGAGUCAACAGACGUCUGUGUGUGCGAUGGGUGUGCAGGUGUUCCGGCCACGUACGCCCCCGGAGGCCAUCGCUCUGUGCUCGCGCCUGCUGGAGUACACGCCCACCGCCCGCCUCACGCCCCUCGAGGCCUGCGCGCACUCUUUUUUCGACGAGCUGCGCGACCCCAACGUCAAGCUGCCCAACGGGCGCGAGAAGCCCUCGCUCUUCAAUUUCACUACUCAAGAGUUGUCCAGUAAUCCGUCUUUGGCCUCCAUACUCAUCCCCGCCCAUGCUCGCAGUCAGGCUGCCGCUUGCACCCCAACCAAUGUCUCUGCCACCACUGACGGCAGCAGCACAGAGCGAGCCCCUAACACCACCAGCGCCUCGGCUUCCGCCUCCAACUCCACUUCCUGAGCACCCUUCCUCUCCCGACCGGUCUCAGACCACCAGCCUGCGGCCUCCACAUUGUUGUCUCGGGCAGCACAGCCCGGCCACAACCACAAAUGAAAAUCUGCCUUUGACCUCCCCUGCAAGCCCCCUUAACAGACCCUCCAUCCAGCUGUCAGUUGUCUCCGAGUAGGCGGGGCGACGGCCCAGGGAAACAGGUGUGUGAACUUAAGAUAAACGUACACUUUGUUGUACACAGAAAGCCUCGUCUCUUGAUGUUUUCAAGGACGAUUGUAAAAAAAAAAAAAAAAAACGUCACACUUACCCCCUCCCUUUCACAUCACCCCGUUUUUCAGAAUCCUUACCGGCCCAAUUCUUCUUCAUGUUUUUUCCUCCUGUACAAUGCAUGGCCUGAGAAUGGUUAGGGAAUGUGGCUGUCGGUGUUGGGCGGAGUCAAAGCAUGAGGCUUGUGCAAACGUGCACACACACACACACACACACACACACACACACACACACACACACACACACACACACACACACACACACACACACACGGAUGCAUGUGCAAAGAAGCAAAUCCAGAUGGGAAUUUUCUUUUCCCUUAGCCAGGGCUUGUUUUUAACACGCUUAGCAAGCCAUUUUACUCAACUUUGUUUUAAAAUAUUUUUCUACCCCCCCCCACCCUCAUUAUUAUUAUUUUUAUUUUUUUUGUGUCGGAUGUGACAUGUUUAUCUGGUCCUGUGUGCUUGUACAAUAUAUACAUACAAAAAAAUCGCAUUACAUACACAAUUUAUAUAUUACUUUUCCUUCUGUAUAAAAAGUAUAUAUAGAUAUAUGUAUAUUAACUACUAUGGUUCAGAAGUCUGUUAAUGGGUGAGUUCAUAUACAUCACGAGUGGCUGCAAUAUUUGCUGCUGACAACAACAAAAAAAGAAGUGGAUCACCUUUUUUUUCCCCCUGCUUUUGCUGGAAUGUACUAAAAUUUCAGCAUCCCUUUUCCCCCGUUCUCCAUUUGUCAUCUUUUAUUGAAGCUAUGGAUUAGGGUGGGGAACCUCUGUCCAUAUACAGCCUGCCAUGCUAUUCAAUAAACAUCCAAAUUCAGUGUCACUGUCAUGAAAAGUGCUCAUAAUAUAUAUGAGGAAUAUUUGUGCUUCAUAUGUAUUAAAUAUUUUUUAAAUAAUUUUUUGUGGCCUUCAAAGGACAAAUUUCAAAUGGGACCUUUUUGGACAAACAGAAAGGGCAGCCGAUUGAAAAAAAUGACAAUGGAUUCUCUGAAGAAAACCGAAAAUGGCCCCUGAUUGGAAAACCUAAAAUGGCAGCUCAUUGGACAAACUUAAACGGCGUCUUAGAGGAAAAACUAAAAUGGUCCCCACCCUUCUCUUUUAUAACCACUAAGCUAUCCUACCGCCUUUGCUCAAGUUCAUUGAAGCGUCUUAUUGCUAACAGAUAACGCUCACUACAGACAAAAAAAAAAAGGAAAAAAGCUGAAAUUGUACAUACAAUAUAAAUGCUCCUCACCAAAAGUCAUUUUUACGUUGGUUUCUUUUUGUGUGUUAUGUACAUAUGCAGACCCAUGUAAUGUUUAACAAAAAGUAAAAAAAAAAAAAAAAAAAAAAAAACACCAACGGCAGAAUCAGGGCAAAUGUUGAUCGGUUGAUGGAUAAUAUUUUCAAUGCUCUUUAUCCAGCCAUAUGUCCGAUGUUGACCUGUACAGUACAGUAGAUCUUCUUGUAAUGACAACUAGUCAUGUAUAGUGUAACGAUAGUUUGGAGUGCCUUUGCUUUCAUACACCUUCGCCUUGUCGCCACCCCUCCUAUAAUCGUGACUCGCCACCUUUUCCCCCUUUGGUGCUGUUGAAUUCCCCGCAUCGCCCCAUGAACACACACCCGCGCGCGCACACACACACUCACCCUUAAUUGUAAUAUAGUAGGUUGUUGAUGGACCGUUAAGAGUAAGGAUAGUUUCCUUUUGAGUGUUUAUUUGACUAGGUAGUCUAGUUUUAUCCAGGAGACGCGCGCGCAAGCAGGCAGCACCGCAAUAGUCCACAUACACGGACGGACCUCAAAUGAAGCUUUUUGACAAAAAAAAAGAAAAAGAGAGACUGUACAUAUUGUGAAAUGCAGUACAGUAUGGCGGGGGAGUAUUCGGGCCACACUGAAAGCAGCAAAAUAAAAUGAUUGAAGUGGAAAUGAUGGAAUUGCAAGAAAGUUGAAAUGUUGCCAGGACAAAGUUUUAAUGUUAUAUGAGAAAUGUCCAGACAAAAUGGGAUAAGGAUUGAAAAAAACGUUUUCUGAAAGUACAGGACAAUAUUGUGUUUGUACAUGCGAGGGUCCACGUGAAAGAAAUUAAAAAAAAAAGACAGAGAAUUUAUUAUUAAAGUUAAAAUAGUUUGAUUAAAAAAAAAAAAAAAAGGUUAGAGUAAUGUGAAAUUAUCAUAUUCCGAGAAAAAGCUUAAAGUUGAAACUUGAGCUCAAAGUGACUAGUUGCGAUGAUGUCAUGGUUUCAGUACGAAUUUCACACAGAAAUUCAAUCUAAAAAAUGGGAUUUAAUCCUUGGGACACUACAACUUUCUAGUCUUAUUCGGCGAUUUCUCGUAAUAAUAAUAAUUAAAAAAAAUUGACUUUAUUCCCGUAAACAAGUUGAAACAAAUGAUUGUAAUCAUGAUCAUUCAAUUACAACAUUUUGACUUGAGUUCCGGUCCUCGCAACUUCAUUCUCUUAUUCCAAACUUUUCACCAAAACAGAAACCUUCUUUAAUGCCUUAAAUCUCAUAUUCCACAUUCAUUCAUCAGAACACCGCCCCUUUUUCCUCGUUCUUAAGUCUCGUAUUGUUUUGUCUUUCCCCAAAAAGCAACUUCAUUCUACUUUCGAAGGAAAAGUUGGAAAAUUGAAGUAAUGAAGAUAACAAAUUCAUCUGUGACACGACACCUUUAUACUUGUAUCAUCUCAACUUUUCCUCAUAAAUACAUUUAUUUUCCCCUUGUAACGUGAAAGCAUUUUUCUGGUAUCAUUACAACUUAAUUCUCAUAAUAUUCCACCUUUUUAUUGCCUUUUAUCCUCCUCAUUGUGACUUAUUCUCGGUAUUCCAAUGUUUGAAAAAAAAAAAUAGAUCUUCCAGUGUGAAAGGAAAAGUUGUAAAAUUACAAGAAUUGAGAUGACAACUUUAGGUUUAGGAGUACGACUGUUCUCCUAAUCGUCAAACAUUGUCUUUAUACUCGUAUCACUAUGACUUUAUUCUUUUAUCCUUAAAAUGUAAAAAAAAAAAAAAAAAAAAAAAAAAAGACUUGCUUGAGAUAUCACUUCCAACAGAUAAAAAGUUCUGAAAUUGCAAUUGAGCUGAGACGGCAGCUUCAUUGAAAUAACAUUUCUCCUUUUUUGCUAUUAACCACUUAAUUCUUCAAUAUUACGUGACAACGUGUCAUUGCAAUUUUUCUUUUUACUCACAAUUUCGUUCUCGUAUCAUUUCUUUUUUAGGAGGGGCCUGUGGGGCGUUAUUAUACACAUACUAUUCGAAGUCGAACGUUGUACACCUUUGUAACAUUACACUUUUAUUUCUGGAGUAUUUCAUAACUCCAUUGUUAAAACAUUGGGCCUAUCCUUGGAAUAUCACAACUGUUUAUGUGCAAUAUUUUAUUCUUCUAUCAUUGCAACUUCAUUCUCACAAUAGUCCCAACAUUAUUUUCACAAGAUUACAACUAUAGCCACUUAAUUAUCAAAAAUGUGCAUCUUCUCAUAACAUUAUGACUUGUGUCACGGAAAUGUCCCCCCCCAUUGUGGCCCUAGCAGUCCUUAUGUUGGUUGUUGGAGGUAGUAACGUGGAGUUGUUUUCCUUUUACUGUAUGUCUGACAUCUUUGGGAAGCUUAGUCCAGUAUUCAGUAGCACCUAAGGGUUCGAGUCAUGUGACAUCUCCGCCGCUCCCUGCUCGCUGUAAUUUUGCAUCCAAACAUGUUGCAUCCCUCCACAACCUACCAAAUUCCCCUCUCCAAAACGCGUACUUCAAAAAAAACAAAACAAAAAAACCCCACACCACAAAGGGUGCCAAAAAAAAACAAAAGUAAAGUGGAGGUGCUCGUGUUUCAAGGUAGCGUAGCACAAUGUGCUAACCGGGUUUAAGAAAAGAGCAUUGUUGAAGAUUAUUUAAAAAAAAAAAAAAAAAAUCCCUUAUAACAGUACUACUACUUGAAUGACUCUGUGACUGAACAUUUUUAUUUUAUUUUUCUUUUGUUCUGUGAAGAUAUGCUAAAUGUGCGCCUCUGUAAAUAUUCCUUCUGCGUGCUCUGAGGAAUAGCUCCCUGGUACUGUAAUUUGCAUUCAAUAAAGAGUAGGAUAGCCUGGAAAUUAA